AUGGCUCCAUUAGCAGGAGGAAACCGUAAUUCUCUACGGAAGUUAAUACCCAUACUCGGUGGGUCAGCCGCUUUAGCUGUGUUGAUCAUUAUCGUUGCGAUAGCGGUAUUAAUGGUGAGAGCAAAGAAUGCGAAAAGAAAUAGUGAUUCGAACGACGAGAACAUUGAAGCGGCUGUAAUGUUGAGAAGAUAUAGUUAUGAAAAAGUGAAGAAGAUGACCAACUCAUUUGCUCAUGUUCUCGGGAAAGGAGGAUUUGGGACUGUCUACAAAGGAAAGUUACCCGAUGCCACUGGCCGAGAUAUUGCACUAAAGAUCUUGGACGAGUCAAAUGGCAAUGGAGAAGAUUUCAUCAACGAACUAGCCAGCAUGAGUAGAGCAUCUCAUGUUAAUAUCGUUUCUCUGUUUGGAUUCUGCUACGAAGGAAGCAAGAGAGCUAUAAUCUAUGAGUUCAUGCCGAAUGGAUCGCUUGACAAGUUUAUCUCCGAGAACAUGUCAACGAAGAUGGACUGGAAGACUUUAUACAACAUUGCGGUAGGUGUUGCUCGUGGCUUAGAGUACUUGCACAACAGUUGUGUAUCAAAGAUUGUGCAUUUCGAUAUAAAGCCUCAGAAUAUACUCAUAGACGGAGAUUUGAGACCGAAGAUUUCGGAUUUCGGUCUCUCUAAGCUCUGCAAAAACAAAGAGAGUGUCAUAUCGUUGUUAGACGCGAGAGGGACCGUAGGGUACAUUGCACCUGAAGUGUACUCCAAGAGCUAUGGAGGAGUUUCGCAUAAGUCGGAUGUGUAUAGUUAUGGAAUGGUGGUGCUUGAGAUGAUAGGGGCAACGAACACCGAGAGAGCUGAAACUUCUAGGUCCAAUAUAAGUAUGUACUUUCCAGAUUGGAUAUACGAGGAUCUGGAGAGGAAAGAAACCAUGAGACUAUUAGGAGAUGAUCAUAUAAUUGAAGAAGAAGAGAAGAUAGUGAAGAAAAUGACAUUGGUGGGUUUGUGGUGUAUUCAGACUAGUCCUUUUGAUCGUCCACCAAUGAGAAAAGUCGUUGAAAUGCUAGAAGGAAGCCUAGAAGCUCUACAGAUUCCACCUAAGCCUCUGUUGAAUUUACAUGCGGUAACGGCUUGGGAAUCUGUUGAAGAGAGCCAAGAGACGUCUAGUCACUCGACGCAAAGCUUGUUAGAGAGAAAAACUCUUUCCACAGGCCAAGAUACUCUACUUGUUUAA